UGCCUGGCCACGCUGGCGGCCGCCUACCCCGCCAAGCCCGAGAGCCCCGGGGACGACGCCUCCCCCGAGGAGAUGGCCAAGUACUUCUCGGCCCUUCGCCACUACAUCAACCUGGUGACGCGGCAGAGGUACGGCAAACGCGCCAGCCCCGAAGCCGUCGUGUCGGAGCUGCUCCUCGGGGCCAGCAGCGACAGGUCACGGUACGACGGUGACGCUGCGUGGUGA